UCAAUCUUCAGAGGUUUUCUCUUGAAGUGUUCAACAAUGGCUCAUCAAUCUCUUCACUCUCCAACCAACCCACAUUUCUUCCAGCCUCUCCUUCCUGGCUUCCACACACACCUCAACAUUCCUGUAGCUUUCUUCUCGAAGCACGUCCAAGGAAGAAACAAGCACAUCAAGACUGCGAAACUGAGAACAUAUGCCUCCGCUAAAACUUGGUUAGUGAAGAUAAACGGCUUGAGAUUCACCGAUGGAUGGGAAGAUUUUGCAGUAGCGCAUGAGCUCCGGAUUGGUGACAUCAUCAUUUUCAGACAUGAAGGAGAGAUGGUGUUCCAUGUCACAGCUUUUGGACCAAGUUGCUGUGACAUUCAAUAUACUUCAGCAUCAUCUCACAACAUCAUUGAUGAUAGUCAAGAUCAGGCCAACAAUACUGUUACAGGAAACAGUUCAGGAGAGAAGAGAAAGAGAGUCAAGAAGAAUCCAAGAACGAAAGAAGAGUCUUCAUCAGAUCAUUCUCAUUUUGUGGCACAUGUCUCACCCUCAAGUCUAAGUUGUGAUCGCCUGUAUGUACCAAAGGGUUUUGCUAUGUCAAACGGUCUGGACAACAUGAGCGGUAAGGAGAUCGUUCUUCUUAACGAGGAAGGAAGAUCAUGGAAUUUGAAUAUUACAUACAACGAAUCAGGCAUGCAUACAUUUGUCAGACCUGGCUGGAGAAGCUUCUGCGCUGAAAAUGGGAUGAACCAAGGUCAUCACUGUACAUUCGAACUUGUCCGAAAAUCUGCACCACCAGUCCUUCGCUUGUCCCGUGCAGAACAUGAUCCAAAACUAGCUCCAGAAUCUUCACUACACCAUUCUUAUUAUGUGGGAUCUGUCUCUUCUAAUAGCUUAAGAACUGAUAAACUGUAUCUUCAGAUGAAGUUUGUGGCUGCAAAUGGUCUGAAGAAAGGAUUCAGUGAGAUAAUUCUAGAAAAUGAAUGGGGAGGAAGAUGGAGUGUAGGUUUGAGACACUACGCAUCAAGCAACCGUACUUAUCUAGGACCAGGCUGGAAAACUUUCUGUCAAGUAAACGGGAUCAAAGCUGAAGAUUCCUUUAUGGUUAAACUGGUUGAAACUGGGGACAAGCCUGUUCUCUUGUUGUGCACUUCCAACCGUGGGAAAACACCAUUAGAGUGUUCAGAAGAUAGUGAUGAUGUAAACUCCCUCUCCUCAGAUACUAGCAGCGGAGAUGACAGUGGAGAAGAAUCCCAAGAAAGUGAAGAGGAGAGUCUUGAAGACGAUAGCAGCUCGAAGGACUGCGUUGAGAUGGAGAAAAGGAAGCGUAGCUUGAGAUGCAAAUAUCCAUCUUCAUAUAGUAAACACCGUUUUGUGAGAUUAACUCUUACACAGAACGCUCUUAAAACCUCUGUAAAGCAUCUUCCGUUGGGUUUCACGCGGGUGAAUGGCAUCAACAAGCCAAGAAAGAUAAUCCUGUUAGGUAAAGAUGGAGUGAAGAAAUGGGUGGUGGAUCUUUUGAAGAACAAAUCAACUGGAACCAUGCGAAUUAGAAAAGGAUGGAGAGAGUUGUGUGAUGCUCAUGGUGUAAAGGUAGGAGAGUCCUUUCUGUUGGAACUCAUUUGGGAUGAAGAAGCAAUUCCUGUGCUAAAGUUCUGCACCAAACUCUGAGACUGCUGUGCCCAGAGAAGAAGACUCCUGUGGUACAAUAUUUUCUUACUCUCUGUCAAGUUUCUUUAAGUUGCAGCAGCUUGUUGACUGCAUAUUAUUCUCUUGUUGCUUCUGGCUAGAUGUCUACUUACGGUUCAUAUCUCUAGUGUGUGUGUAAAAAUAAAUG